CGCGUGUGUGUAAAAACCAGCAGCACGCACCCCCGACUCUCACCAACCGAGCUCACCCACUCUCCCGUUACCCGGAAGUAUGCAGAAUUCCCAAAGAUGGCGGAACAAGGUCCGAUGGCGAUAGCUAUGAGGCUAAGAAACCAGCUGCAGAACGUCUACAAGCUCGACCCGUUGAGAAACGAGGAAGAAGUGAAAAUAAAAAUAAAGGACCUAAAUGAACACAUCGUGUGCUACCUGUGCGCUGGAUACUUCAUCGAUGCCACCACCAUCACGGAAUGUCUUCAUACGUUCUGUAAGAGUUGCAUUGUGAAGUAUCUCCAGACCAGCAAGUAUUGUCCAAUGUGUAACAUCAAAAUCCACGAAACGCAGCCUCUUCUGAACCUGAAGCUGGACCGAGUCAUGCAGGACAUUGUCUACAAACUGGUCCCAGGUCUACAGGAGAGCGAAGACAAAAGAAUUAAAGAAUUCUAUCAGUCACGGGGUCUUGAACGCAUCAUACAGCCUUCUGGAGAAGAUGCAGUUCCAGAUAAUACAGGAUUACCCUACACAAGCUUCGAUCACUCUAAAGCUCAUUUCUAUAGAUACGAUGAGCAGGUCUCUCUCUGUUUGGAAAGGCAAAGUUCGUCAUUUUCUGGAAAAGACAAACACAGAUUAACUUUACAGAAGUUUGUGCGUUGUUCGGUCAGGGCUGAAGUGCGGCAUCUGAGGAAGGUGUUGUGUCAUCGCCUGAAUGUAGAAAAGCAUCAGGUCCAGAUGUUAUUCAAUAAUGAAUCCCUCCCAGAUCACAUGACCAUGAAGCGUCUCUGGCUUUCUCACUGGUUUGGAAAGGCACAACCGUUGGUGCUCCAUUAUGCCAUAAAAGACAAGCGAACAAGAUAGGAUCGUGUGAAAAUAUUGGGUGUAAAUAUUUUGUAUUUCACAUAUUAUAUUUUAAUAGCUUUCUGUGAAUAUAUAUACUUAUUUUUUGGUUUUGUAUUUUUGAAAAUAAAAUUUAAGUGGUAAAA